AUGGCCAAGAUCAAGACGUUUCUUUCGGCCAUCUUCCUGGCCACAGGAGGUUUCCUCUUCGGUUACGAUAGUGGUAUUAUCACCUCGACUAUCUCCCAAGAGCAUUUCAUCGACUACUUUAACAACCCCAGUAAUACCGUAACUGGCGGUGUGGUUUCCUCCUUCCAAGGAGGAGCCAUUCUCGGUACAAUAAUCAACAUGAUGCUUGGAGACUGGCUGGGUCGGAAACGCUCGAUCUUCCUAGGAUCGGUGGUGUCUGUCUUUGGGUGUGCCUUGCAAGCAGGUGCCAUAUCGAUGACUAUGCUUAUCAUCGGGCGGUUUAUUGCCGGAGCCGCUGUGGGUAUUAUGACCUCCAUUAUCCCCAUGUACGCGAGUGAAUUGGCAGAGACGAAAUACCGUGGUGCCAUGUCCGGCCUGCUGCAGUGGAUGUUGAGUUGGGGAUUUCUCGUGGCACAGUGGUUGGGAUACGGGACCUCGUUCGUGGAUGGCGCGUUCCAAUGGCGCUUUCCUCUUGCCUUCCAAUGCGUACCCGGUAUUGUCCUCAUGAUCGGCAUCUGGAUGCUUAACGAAUCGCCACGAUGGCUCAUGGAGAAGGACCGCCACGACGAAGCGCUCGAAAUACUCCGCAAACUCCGCAAAGGCACCCCGAACAGCGAAGAUCUCGUGGCCGUCGAGUUCCAAGAGAUCAAAGACGCCAUUGACGCCGAGCGCGCCGCCCACAAAGUGACCUGGUCAUCUAUUCUCACCACACCCUCCUGGCGGCGUCGUCUGGCUCUAGGCUGCGGCAUACAAGCCUUCGGUGUUCUCUCCGGUAUCAACGUGAUCAACUACUACGGCCCCAAGAUCUACAAGUCGCUCGGGAUCGAAAACCAGACCUCGCUCAUGAUCAUCGGCAUCUCCGGCGCCUUGUCUAUCGUCUACGCCACGAUCUGUCUCUGGGCCCUCGAUAAAGUCGGUCGGAUAAAGCCACUCAUCUUGUCGGCCGCCGGCUGCGGUCUUGCCCUCGUCGUCAACGCCGCCCUCUCGCAGCACUGGGACGCCACGAACGAGAACCUCCUCCGUGCCAUGGUCGCUAUGAACUUCGUCUUCAGUCUCUUCUACACACCCCUCGGUUGCAUUUCGUGGGUGUACCCGGCUGAGAUCUUCCCCGUGGAUAUCCGUAACCAGGGUAACUCCAUCACGACAUUCACCAACUGGACGUUUAAUUUGGUGUUUGCGCAGUUCUCGCCGCAGGCGCUGGAUGACAUUGGAUUCAAGUACUUCUAUGUCUUCUUCGUGUUCAACUUCAUUGCGCUCCUGUGUUAUGUCUUUUUCUUCCCCGAGACGAAGGGUAAGACGCUUGAGGAGAUGGACUUGGUGUUCAUGGAUGCGAGUGUUGCUGUGGCGGCCAAGACGGCCGAUAUGGAUGAAAGCAAGAGGGAGGAUGUCCAGAUCGAGCAGGUUAGGUAA